AUGACGGAGGUAUCAGGAACUAUCCUUUCCAAGCAAAACAUGAAUGAUUCAAAAAAAGUAAUUUCGAAGUCCCAGAUUCUAGAAGUGCCUAAUGGUCUCAGCGAAGAGAUGAUUCUGAGCGGUGAAACCCUUCCCAAAGGUGAAUCCGAUAAACCUGAGCUUGAGAAUGGUGUGUUGGAAGAUCAGACUAUUGAACUUAAUUUUGAUGAGGAGCCUGAAAAAGUCCAGCCGGAUCGUUCGUCGCUUCCUCCCGUAUCCGCACACCUAAGCGGGGACGAUGAUGGAGAGGCAGAGCUGCUCAAUCUGAAGCCGGCAGGCGAGCCUGAUCACAACGGGGCGGGCAGAUCGGACAAUUUAGAUCGCCGGGCUAAGGAAACUUCAGAGGCCCGCCGGGAGCGUCAUCGUCUCCGGAAGGAGGAAAAGCGGCGCCUCCGAAAAGCGAAGGACGGCGCCAAAAAGCCCCACCCAAAGCGGAAACGCGAGGAGCCCUCGGCGAGCAGCGACUCCGAUGACGACCCCCCCCCAUCCCGCCACGCCUUCGCCAAGGAUAAGCGCCAGACGGUGUUGGAUCAAUACCAACGCGAGGCGGAUCGCCCUGCUGCCACCCCCUUUUCGGAGGACCCGGAUGACCUCCGCCGUCGCCUGCAAGCGAUGCGGGGGGCGAUUUCGAACGAGGAGCUCCAACGCGCGGUGCGUCGCCUGCAGGCGGUGAUCUCGGCCUGCCUGCAGGACGACGCGUACGAGCGCCACGAGGAGGCCCUUCUGGAUCUCCUUCGCCCCCUCACCACCCGCGAUCUCACCUUCGCGCAGCUCCGGGAAAGUCGAAUCGGGGUGGUGGUCGGGCACCUCUUGAUGGAGCGUUUCCCGCUCCGUCUUCGCCAGCUCGCGCGGGCGACGUUGAACUUUUGGUUUAUGCAACUCCCGCUGGGGAUUCGACAAGGCCUCGUGCGCGAUGUCGAGGUCGAUCGAUGCUCGAACGAAACGGUCGGGAGUGGGCAAUCCGACGCCGUGGAUGCCCGUCUAGGCGCGCUCGCCACCCACCUUUUUGAGUGCUUUACGGAGGAGGAGAUCUACGACGCGCCGGCGGAUUUGAACCUCGUGGAGCUCUGCCGGGAGUUAGAGUCGGCGAUGCAGGCGCGGGAUCGGGAUACCUGCGUGAGUGUAAUGGCGGCCCUCGCGGAUCCUUCAAACGGGGCGUUGCGGCGCGCGAUUCUCGACGGGCGGGUUCGCGCCGAGGAGCUGCUUCGUCGCGUGAACGAUCUCGACGGGCUCGUCGGGGGAAGGGGGGAUACCCGAGGCGUCGCCGCGGACUUCACCUCCCCUGGAUCCCCCACCACCCUAGGGAGUCCACUCGGGGGGGAAAGAGGAGGCGGCGGGGGGGAUCCCCACUCCCCACUCGGUGCCGGCGCGAUCACGACUCUCUACCCUUGCCCAAACUGCGGGGCGCGUGAGUCGGUGCGGUCGACGUACUCCGUUCAGGCGCACGACAGCUUCCCCUGCAUUCUUCGCUGCCGGGGGUGUAAUAAUACGUGGAACAUCGAGGCGUGA